AUGGAAAAUAUACAAUGCUUUCUCGAUGCUGCAGAGGCCUACGGCGUCACCAAGGAAAGCCUGUUCCAGACGGUCGACCUCUAUGAAGCGAGAAAUAUGGCUCAGGUCCUAUCCACGAUUCUCCAGCUUGGAACUGAAUGUCAACGAAAUGGUUUCCAAGGUCAGUUUUGUGGUCCGAAGCCAACCUAUCAACAAAAACGCCAGUGGACAGAUCAACAGCUACGCGCAAGUGAUGGUAUCAUUAGUCUUCAGGCUGGCACCAACAAGCUGGCUAGCCAGAAGGGAAUGAGUUUUGGCGGGCAGCGUCACGUUGCUGAUAUCCGUUGUGAUGAGAUGACUCCGGAGGGUAAAAAAGACUACCAUUAA